AUGGUAGCAGACACUGAGACGCGUCCUCCGUUUGACAGUGUAGGGCCCCGACCGCUGCCCAGCAGCCGAAUACGUACAGAGGCACUGCCUAGAUGGGCGUCUCCGUUCGACAAGUCAGCCUGUCAGAGUGACGUUGCGCGAGUUCACCGGCAGCUCAACGCAGAAGGCUGGGCACUGGGCUCGCUCCUGGGUACCAGGGAGAUCCCGAAAGAGUCGGGUGUGCACCUGCCCAGCGAUCGUAAGCGUUGGCUCAACGUCGUCACGCCGGGAACGAGCGCGCGCUCGGACGCUCACUCGGGAGACGCCGCCACCGACCCCAAGGUGCCAGUCGUUUUAGAGAGCGAGCAUGCAGCGAACGUUGCCGUCCAAGGGGAUGUCGACACUGUGACGAAACAUCUCGCUGUGCUCGGGUCAGAACUGGUGGAAGAUGUGCCGGACGGUACGGUUGUUCACGUAGACCAGCCAGCACCUUUGGACGAAGCGGGUGCAUCGAAAGUGCCAGCCGAAGCAUCUCCAAUUCGUGACCAGAUAACGACAGAACCGCGCUUGAGCGUUGUGGACGCAACCGCACCUGAACAAACCGAGUCGCCGCGCGCCGACGCAUCCGCCAGCUCGCCAGACACCGAGUCCAGUGGACAGCAUCCCUCACGAGAGGAGCCUUGCUUGGGAUCCGCGUCAUCCGCUCGGGCUACACAAAUCCCUGAAUCGGUGUUGGUUGAUGAGGCGAAGCGUUCACAGGGAGGUACCUGUGAGCCGAUGUUCCAGAAUCAUUCGAGAUUCGUUGAUCAGCCGCCAGCAGAUGCAUGGGAACGGUGUCAGGCACGUGAUGCCCUCUGUCGCAGCGUUGCUGAUGAUCUGAAGCGCGAGCUCUCCUGCCCCUACUCACCAAUCGGGGUGGAUAUGCAAGAUCUAACCUGGGGAUUUUUCACACGGAUGAAUAGGUUUCAACCUGCGCGCAGCUGA